CCCGUAUUAAUAAAAGUCACAUGACUGGACAAGAUGGAGGAGGUGGAUAAUAUUAUUAUUCACUCUUUACGAUCAAUUGGCUGUGAAUUAGAUGAUGAUUUGUCAAAUUUAAAACAGUUUUCAACAGAAGUUAUUGUUGCCACAAUAGUCAAGUGUAUUAAAUUUAUUAAAAAUGACGUGGAACUACCCAGCACUCUUCCACCUGGCAUGUCUGCAAGAUUUAGAAUUGGUGCAAGUCUGGCCAAUCAUAUACAGGAUAUGGGUUAUAAUGGUGAAAUAGGUUACCAGACAUUUCUCUACUCUAAUGAAACAGAAAUAAGAAAAGUUUUUAUGUUUUUGGUUGAGAAACUACCAAAAGAUACAACACAGACAUCAGAUGAACCGUUAGGAGCCUCGGUGCUAUUACAGAGAGCCAUUGCUGCCAAAUUACAUCAACAAAUGACAUCACCAUGGACACCACAUUAUCUAAAAGAUAGAGGUAUAACAUGGAGAGGUAAACCCCCAAGUUGGCAGAGGGAGGGUGCUGCAUGUAUAUAUAGUUAUCGUUCUCAACAUUUAUCUAGACCUGAAGGUUUAACAGAUUUAACCAGAAAAAUACCCAAAGAAAUCCGAAACUAUUACUCAACUAGUCUUCCAUUUGUUACGAAUCAAUGUCGCCAUCACAGAGAUACAUUGGCAUCCGUUAUAGAAUCUAAUACAGCAGAGGUUGCUAAGCAACAAGAAUGGGAAAAUGAAUGGAAUCAUUCUGGUCUGGCUUCCCGAUUAUCAAAACAGGAAUUUAUUGACAAAAAGAAAUCAAAAAUACAGAAAAUGAUUGCAGAUCGAUUACGUCAAGAUGCUAAAAGAGAAACAUCGGGCACGUCUUCUCUGUCAGAUUUACAGCAAGUCAUGGCAGCCAUUAGCAGUCGGGCUAAAACAGAUGCAAGAACAAAAGGAUCAAGAUUUGCUCAUUCUGAAAAAUUAUUAUUCUCUAAGGAUGAGGAUGCUAGUUUAGCCCAGAUGAGUGGAGAAAUACCCACCAAAGAUACAGAAGAGGAACAAGAAAGAAAGAGAGAAGAAGAAAUGCAAUCAUUAAGGGAUGAAUUAGGUGAAUUAACAUCCAAGUUAGAAUCAUUAGAAUUAGAAAUAAAGAAAUAUAGUGCUACUCAACAACAGCUUGAAGAAGCUAUAAAUACAGAAAAUAGACAAAUUGAUGAUAAAGAAAGUUCGUUUAAUGUUAAAAAGAAAACAAUGGAUUUAUUACCAGAUGCUGAGAAUAAUAUUCUUAAAUUACAAGGUGUUGUUGAAACAAGUACACAGCGUUUAGUAACUCUAGCUAAUAAAUGGGAGACCCAUCGAGCUCCUCUUAUACAACAGUAUAGAGAACUUAAAACUCUCACAUCACAGAAAGAGUCGGAAGCAGAGAAGAAAUUAGCUGAAAUCCGCGUGUUUCGUGACAAAAUGAAAGAAGUGGCUGAUGAAGUCAGAAAUAAAGAAGAUUUACAAAAACAAUUACAAUCAGAAUAUGAACGAAUGACCAAAGAUGUAAACAGAUCAGCAUAUACCAGGAAAAUACUCGAAAUAGUGGCAAAUAUUAAAAAACAAAAACAGGAAAUAGAUAAGGUUUUAGUAGAUACUAAGUCAAUACAGAAAGAAAUUAAUUCACUAUCUGGGAAAUUAGACAGAACAUUUACAGUCACAGAUGAACUUAUUUUUAGAGAUGCAAAGAAAGAUGAAGCAGUAAAGAAGGCCUAUAGAUUCUUAGCAGCAUUACAUGAGAACUGUGAAUUAUUAAUUAGUACAGUAGAAGAAACUGGUGUUAUUAUGAGAGAGAUCAGAGAUUUAGAAGAUCAAAUUGAGAAUGAAAGUGGAAAGAAAGUACUGGCUAAUCUAGAAAAAAUAACUCAAGAUUAUCAAGAGAUGAAGAAGGAGAAUUCAGUGUUAAUGAGUAAAUUAAAACAAAAGCAAUAAUAUAUUGUUCAAACUGUUUAUUUUAGUUGUGUAAAAGAAAUGAUUUAUAGAUUAUCAACGAUGUGAGACAUUGCUGGAGAAAUAAUUGAUGGGCAUAUUAACAGACCUGGAAAUAACGGUUUUAGAUGUACCAGCCAAAAUGUUAGGCACUAAUGAAGAUGGCCUAGUUUGUGUUGAGUGGAUGUAAAACCCCAUUUCUCUCUGUCUCUGUAUGGUUUAUAUCGGUGUUCACAAAGCGCAUAUAAGACUUAUAAACACAUUGAUCAAUCAUUUUUCUAUACGACUCUAUUCAACGAAGGUAUAAAUCUCACAAUGCUGGAAAUAAAUUAUGUUUAACAAAUUUCUUAAAAUAAAACUGUCCAUUAUUUAGUUUAUAGAAUUUAUACUUACUAAAGAGAAAGCGCCCUUACAAUUAUUUCUUCAUUAAUGAAUCAACCAUCAGAGGUUAAAGGACAAUAUUUGUGUCAGUCAUUAUCCAAAUAUAAUUUUAACACAGAGAUCAUUGCUACGAUAGAUGCGUUAUGAAGAUUUAAAAAAACAGAAAUCACGAAAGCAAAAGGAAAACUCAAGUUUUGGUCUUCGAAGGAAUUAUUAGUGAGCAGAAAUCUGCCUGUUUAUCUGUUAUCACGCGUCACUUCAGUCAGUGAUAUAGAAGGAUAACUCGUGUUUUCCUUUUGCUUUUGUGUGUUAAAAUUAUACUGAGGGCCAUUGAAGACGCAUCACUUAGUUUUUCGUAUAACAAAAUGAUCCUGUAAACAUAUCUUAUUUAUUUUGCUUCUUAUUGUGAACAAUAUUCAAAUGGGAACACAUCAAUAACAACACAAUUGUACACUUAUGGAUGUUUAAUCUGUAAUCAACAGUACAAAGUCAGAGGGGUCAAAACCAAAAGUACGACACAGAUGUCAGUAGCGCGUGUGUCCUCCACGGGCUCUUACGCACACUGAGCAGUGACGUCGCAUGGAAUUAACCAAUGUUUGAAAGAAGGCCUGGGGCAAAUUGUUCCAUUCUUGGACAAGAGCAGCUUCUAAAGCAGCAAUGGUAUGCAUCUGUGGUCUCCGAUACAGACGGCGUCCAAUCUCAUCCCAGACAUGUUCUAUCGGUGCCAUGUCCGGAGACAUGGCUGGCCAGUCCAAGACAUUGAUGUUGUUAGCAGCCAGGUAGUCCAAACUAAAACGGGCGGUAUGCGGACAUGCAUUAUCCUGUUGGAAGUGCUGAAGUUGUGGGUGCGCUCGAAACAUCGGAACAACAAUUGGUGGCAAGACAUCAUCACGGUAGGCUACAGCAUUAACGCGACCCCUGCAAAUGUGUAGGGCGGUCCGGUGAUGAAAUGUGAAGCCAACCCACACCAUUACACUUCCCCCACCCCAUCGAUUUGUUUUGAAGACGCAGCAGUCUGCAAGACGUUCCCCAAGACGUCUCCACACACGUUGAUGGCCAUCAGCGUGAUUAAGAUGAAAGCGACUCUCAUCACUGAAGAGCACACUUUGCCAGUCUACUCUUCUCCAUGUCUGGUGUCCUUGAGCCCAUAUCAAACACCGCUGACAGUUAUGAUCCCUGAGGAUAGCUCCAACAUAAGGUCGUCGUGCACGGAGUCCUACUUCUCUUAGACGACGUCUUUUAACGGUGUUGGCACUUACUGGUCCCUGUCUUCCGACGACUGCUGCACCUGUUCGGUUCCCUGGGCGGAAUCUGUCAUGCAGAUGAGUGACCUGGAUGUAGCGGUCUUGAGCCUGGGUUGUAACGCGUUGUGGACCAGGACGUUGACAGUCACGUGUUGAUCCAGUAACUCGAACACGUUCCACCAACCUUACAAUAGUGGACUGAUGACAAUUGAAGGGUCUGGCAAUAGCACGUGUAGACAUGCCAGCCCGGGACAUUCCCAUGGCUUCAUUCCGCUGAUUUUCAGCAAGUCUCGGCAUCUCUAGCUCGAUUCCUUCACACGUCCAACAACAAAUUACGACAGAUUGACGUUUCACAGUUCAUGUUCUGCACAUUAAGUUGAAAACAUGCUUUUAAAGGGCUCACACACAAUGCUGCACGUGAAUAUUGGGUUUUUCACGUGCAUCUAGUGCAAUUUUUUUUUUGUGCACACUGGCCGAUUUUUUUUGCGUUUGGGAGCAUUGUGUGAAACAAUAGUUCAUAGUAUUGCAUAAUAUUAUACAUACAAAACCACCUAGUAAUAAAAUAUUUGGGAAAAAAAGUGAUGCAAAUUCCAUGGCGCUCAGUAUAUAUUCGGAAUGUGUUGAACUGGUUCUAUGACAUCAAUAUUGUCCUUUAAGAAAGGAAGAAAUUUGUAGUUGAAUGUUGACUGUCAGAAAGAGUGUGUUUAUUAUUGAGAUUUAAUAGAAAGAAUGUGCAUGUUGUCCGUUAUAUUAAAAACAUAUAUAUAUAUAUAUUCAUAUGUAUAAAUAUGCACACCAAUCAUUUCUUCUAAUAUAUAAAGUUAUUUAUUUAUAUAUAUUUUAUAAUCAACCUGUAGGCCAACAUUUAUCUUUAUAGUUUAUAAUAUUAAAUCACUGUUGAAUGUUUGUCAAUCUUAAAACAAGAUACAACUCAACUGGCAACAACUCAGCCCAUCUUUUCCCGAUUUAGCUCCUUAGAAAUGGAACUGAAUUCCCAAUUCAUAGUUGUUAUGAUAUGUUGUUUUGGAAAAACAAAUUGUUAUGAAUAAAACUGACCUGUACAUUUUUCAUUCCAAUGAAACUAACCAUGUCAUUUUGCUGGAACUCGACUAGUCUGGAAUCAUUUUUCCCUAACUGUAGAAUUAUCAUGAAAUUGCCGAUUAUUUUUUUUUAUUUAUACAACUUAUAAAGCUCAUAAUGUUGCAUAUGUGAUAGAUUCGAUUGGGGGUGGGGUGGGGGCAGAUAGCCGAAUAGUUAAUACAUUGAAUCAUAAGGUCUGUCAUUUAGGCAACUGGCAUGGUUUCACCGGCAAUACGUGACAAGGAUUAGGGUCGCCUGCCCAACCUCAAGGGUUUUCUCCAGGCCCUCCGGUUUCCUCCCACUGCUAAAGACCCCCUACACGCAAGCGAAUUAUUGAAAUAAAAUUGAACCAUGUGUUCCGAAAUGACCUACUUUGUUAAACCCAUUUUUCUCUCUGUCUCUCUCUAGACUGGAUGAAUAGUACAAGUUAUUAGAAAAAUGUAAAGAUGUAAUAUGAAUUAUAGACAAUAUCAAAAUAAAAGUAAAAUAAUA